CCAAGGUGCUCGUUCGCCCAAGGUGAAUAAAAGGAGAAACCUCUGGGUGCAGCUUGGGGACACGGAAAAGAAUCUGAUUAGUAGAUCUAGAUCUAUAAUUGUUUGUGUUAAAGGAGAAAAGGCUUGAGAUAUAAGCAGGUAGUUUACCUAACAAGGCCUCAACAUAAAAAAGGAACAUGGAUUAUUCUCCUCUGGUAUAGAGAGGACCAUCCUAAAAAUUCACAUAAAAAACAAUGAGAGACUUUGUCCUACAAGAUCUAAAGGCUCAGUCCGUCAGCAGGCCUGUUUUAGUUCCUGCUCUCCUUCUUGAAGUGAGGAGCCCAGCUGUGUUUGACAGGACGGACUCUCAGCCUGGACAGAGCACACAACACACAGAGAUUUCCCCAGCAGUUUUCUGGAUGUGGCUCACGGUUCUGCUGCUCCGUUAUCGGGCCAAACUGGCGGCGCUGUGCCGUCGAGCUCUGGCCUGGGCGCUGCAGCUGCUCCGAGGCAGAGUGUGUGUGAGGAGCACACACGCCUUCGUCUUCUCCGGGUGCACUCACGGCGACGCUCGGAGCGUCCUGGAGACCUUUGACCUCUAUGCCGACACACACCCGUCUCUCAGCAUCGGCCCACAGAGAGGUGAGGUUUUGGACGAGGUGGUGCGGCGCGUGCAGCCUCAGCACGUGUUGGAGCUGGGGACGCACUGCGGCUACAGCGCCGUGCGGCUGCUGAGGAUGCUGCCCCCUGCUGGCCGGCUGAUCACCGUGGAGCAGGAGCCGCUGGCCGCCGAGCUGGCAGAGGAGCUCAUCCUGGUGGCCGGCUUCAAACACUCCCAGUUUCAGGUGCUGACGUGCAGCUCGGCCGAGGCCAUCCCCGCCCUGCGUCCUGCUGUUGGUCCUGACGGUUUGUCUCUGGUGCUGAUGGACCACGACCCGCAGCGGUUCCUCCCCGACCUGCUGGCCCUGGAGGCGCAGGGCCUCCUCCGGCCCGCCGGCUGCUGCGUCCUGCUGGUGGACAGGAGGCAGAGAGACGGAGGCCUCAGAGAGACGCUGGAUCACCUGAGAGAGAGACGGGACCGCUACUGCCUCCGGACGCAGCGCCAGUCUGUGGUCGAGAUCGUCUACAGAGAGGAGGACCACAGCACUGCAGUAGAGGGAUGAUACAGAGAGGGAAAUUCAUGUGUUUUCUCUCACAUGCACUGUAUACUGUUACAUUUCAACUGAUGAGGUUUUGUCCAUUUGCUCAAACAUCUUUUUUUUUUAUCACCUCAGUACAGAAAUCUGCCCAAGAAGGGAAAGUCAGAUUGUUCCAGCUCACGUAGAAUUAAACUGGAAGGGCUGUGUUGAGGAACGAGUUAGAGAUUUAAAAAAGGUUUUUCUCUAAAUCUCUGUAAUCUCUUUGUAAAAUUGAAUAAAUUAAUACAUAAAAAAUAUAACUGAGACA